CUAGGAGCGCAGCCACUUCACGAUCGUCUCGCAAUACAACUAAUACCACUUCCGCGGCAAGUCGUGGCAGAGCCAAAGCGCAGCGAGGCAUCUCUAAAAGUACAAGCAUGAAAGCCCUCAAGGGCACGAAGAAGGACUACUUAGAACACACGCAUGUGCUAGGAGAUGUACAAGGUGCACGAACGACACUCCAGCUUCACAAGUUGCAGAAGGGAGGAGAUCGCGAUCCUUUCUUGGCGGGGUUAGGACGUACCUUUACUCUAAAAUCAUUUAUGCCUACUACUGAAAGUUCUUGUUCAGAGUGGUCACACGACCACUUUUUUAACUGAGGAUGAAAUUCAAAUUUUUUUUGCACUUGGGAAGUUCCUCCACUUUCUGUUCAAAAACUCAUCAGCCAAUCUGUACCGUCCCCCGCG